CCUCGCGAGCGGCUGUUUGCACUUGUCGCGAGCUCUGCCUUCGAUUUGCUCUUGCGUCGCGGGCAGGAAGACAUGGAGGAGGCCGGCGCCUGAGAAGAAGAGCCAAGGCGAACGACCCACCAACCGAGGCCCCCGCCAUGGCGGAGGAUUCGGAGCUAGAAAGGAAGGCAGUGGAAGAACUUCUAACAGAAGCCAAGCGUGGAAAAACCAGAGCAGAAACUAUGGGGGCUAUGGGCUGGAUGAAGUGCCCUCUGGCCAGCACAAAUAAACGAUUUCUUAUUAAUACUAUUAAGAACACAUUGCAGUCCCCAAAAGAGCAAGACCAGGGACAGAAUCAUCAGGAAGACAAUGAGGAAUCUGAGCCAACUCAGAGCAGGGAAGAAACCAAACCAAAGAGACACAGAUCACAUCCUUACAAACCUAGCUUUCGGUCUAGGAGAAGAGUCAGUUCUUCUCCUCCGAGGCACCGGAACAGGAACCAGAACGCGAAGGACAAGUAUGAAAAGCGAUCAAACAAGUGAAGAAAAAAUACAUGCAAUUCCAAACCAAGAAUAUAAUUAAACACUAGACUGUGGGAACUGUUUGUUUGUCUUCGAAUAGAGAGUAUUGUUCAGUACAGAUGUCUGUGUUGGUAACAGGUUUUUAGAGGCAAGCAAAGUACUUCUUGUGAACUUUCUUUGAGGAGUUCUUGUGUAUUUCUUUUCUUUUCCCCGCACCCUGCCGCCACACCACCCCCAGUUCUACCCCUUUCCAAUUAAACUCAUUUCCUUCCUUUGGAUAGUUGUAACAUUUUUGUGCUUAGCACAAGUCUUUUGGAAACGUUUACCUUUUGGAUUAGUAUACAUGAAUGUGUAUUCUGUACACUAUUUAAUUUGUUUCUAAACGUCUUCAAAGAAGCUUUUCAGACCCUCUUUGCUUUUAAAAUGUUUUGUUGCAUAGGUACAGAAAACCUGAUUUGCUUUUUUUGGGCUACAUGUAGUACAAAUGUACUAAGUUUAUAAUCUGAAAAGUGCUUAUGUAUUUGAAUAUUACAGAUUACUUUGUUUAACUAGUACAGAUUAUUUUAAUGUUUAUUGAUAAACUUGUAAGAGACAUCUGCCCUGAUUGAGUGACUCUGGUGUCUUGUACACAUGUAGAACUCUGCAUGAGCAAUAGCUGCCCAGUCACUUCAAAUGUUGGAGAACGCACCAGGCAAAGUACAGAAUAUUUUCCAACAAUGAAAUGAAUGAUGGGAGUCCCAUUUUGACCGCGAGUUUUGUGUGUGCAUAACUGUUCCCUGGAUCUAAAGGUGGCUUUCGUUGUUUUGCAUCAGUCCAUUUAAUUGAUAAUGUAUGAAUCAUCAGUAAAUAAAUGCAACUAUUUAUUGAC